ACUGUCAGCAUUUUGUGUUCGCCGUGAACAAAAAUUGCGCGCGUUAUUCCGCCGGAGAAAGGAAGGGAAAAAAAGAACUUUCUGCUAUACAAAUUAAUAACAUAAAAUCAUCGAAUUCAGGUAUGUCAAUUCCUGGUCAGUGCGACUACGUUCAUCAAAUUCGUUGCCAGUGCCGCAGUUGGUUAGUUUUACACACUUAAUUUCAUCCAUUCUCCAUGUGUUCGAGUACAAUUUGCUGCUCGGAUUCUUAAUUGUCGUGCCCAUUCCACCUCCAAUGGCCAUCUCUGGGUUUCGAGCUCUUCUAAGGUGGAGCAAAUGGUCGAAGAAAGAGUGGGCGAUUGCAGUCAUCUCUGUCGCUUUCAUCGUUUCUGUUUUUUCUUUCCUCUCCGACUCUUGGCAUGCUGAAGACGCUGGCAUCAACCACACUUUCGAUCUCAAUCCCGCCAAUGACCCUGAUUUGGUUGACCUAUCUCUGCUACAGAAUGCCAAAGCAAAAGGCGCUCUAUGUCUUGAUGGGAGUUUGCCUGGAUACCAUUUUCAGAAGGGGUUCGGAUCUGGUAAUAGGAACUGGGUGCUUCACAUUGAGGGUGGAGGUUGGUGCAAUUCGGUCUCGUCCUGUUCUUCGCGUAAAAUGACCCCGUUAGGUUCGUCAGCCUACAUGGAUCCCCGUGUUCGUUUCUCUGGAAUUUUAAGUAGUGAUGCAUCCAAAAAUCCUGAUUUCUAUAAUUGGAACAAGAUCAAGAUACGUUACUGUGAUGGAGCCUCGUUUGCAAGCCAUCCUGAGGGUGAAACAAAGAAUGGGAAUAGACUUUAUUUCAGAGGACAGCUCAUCUGGGAAGCGCUUAUGGAUGAACUCUUAUCGGUUGGCUUGUCAAACGCAAGGCAGGCUCUUCUCUCAGGGUGCUCUGCUGGGGGAUUGGCUACCCUUAUACAUUGUGAUGACUUCAGAGAGCUUUUGCCGAAGGAUGCAACUGUCAAGUGUCUAGCUGAUGCUGGAUUUUUCCUUGACGAGAAAGAUGUUUGGGGAAAUCAUACUAUGAGAUCUUUCUAUCACGAUGUUUUCAACCUUCAGAACACUGCUAAAAGCUUACCCAAGGAUUGUACAGCAACAGAGGAGCCAUCUAAGUGUCUCUUUCCUCAAGAAAUUAUCAAACAUAUCAGCACCCCGUUGUUUCUUGUCAACCCAGCUUAUGAUUUUUGGCAGAUACAAAAUGUCUUGGUACCAAAUCCGUUACAUCCUGCUGGCGCUUGGGAGAAAUGUAGGCUUAAUAUUCAUAAAUGUGAUCAUGCUCAGCUUGAAAUUCUUCAAGGGUUCCGAGACUCUUUGCUGAAGGCACUGAAGGACUUCAAGCACAGCAAGGAAGGAGGGCUUUUCAUAAAUUCUUGCUUCAUCCAUUGCCAAACAUGGAUGUCUGAGACAUGGCAUUCCCCCAAUUCUCCAAGGAUAAAUAAGAAGACUAUAGCAGAGGCCGUUGGUGAUUGGUACUUCAAACGAAAUUCAGUGAAGUUAAUUGACUGCCCUUUUCCAUGCAAUCCUACCUGUAUUCAUAUGGAUUUCAGCUGAGUUUAAUGGAUAUGGAAUUAGGCAGCCUUUUCUGUUGUCACUCAUUUGCAAUGUCUUUGCUUGGGGAAAACAUCUUUAUCCAUGUCGAAGGCUGGUCUCCAGAAGCAGAAACAGAGGUAUUAUACAUGAUAAUUUUCAUAGGGAAGAUUUUAGUUCGCUGUUUCUGAAAGCUGAAAACCAUGUCUAUAAAAGCAUAGGACUCUUGGAUUUUCCGGGGUUCUAAUGCUUACUUCAUCCUUGCCUUUUCUUUAGAACAUUGAUCGCUUCCAACAAGGUAUUUUUUUAUUUGUUUUAGAAUCUUUAGAUUACAGUCCUCUAGUGUUCUUUAUUUCUUUGCUUUUUUAGUUGAUAGGUUCUCUCCUCCACGUUUUGUACAUUAUCUUAAAAGUUUUUUCGCACCACCAAAUAUGAAUAUUGUAACUUGAUAACUAGACCGGGAUUAUCAUUUCUUUGUAGCCCUUGAUUUUAUUAGAUUCUUACGUGCUUUGAGUCAGCCAUAAAUGCAAGUGGGUUUUGAAUU